UGACUGAAUGUGAACAGAGUUGAAUUGUAAUAAUGACUGAUAAAGAAAGUUAAACUCAAAUCAGUUGGUGGGAGUUGAGCGAUGGAAAUAUUUCUUAAGCAUAUUCACAUGUUGAUUGUACAACUCACACAGCCUCUUCUCCUUAUAAAUCUUCCAUUGAUGAUUCCCAUCUAACUAAGCUUUCCUCUUACACAAAAUACAAACACCUAUCUUUCCCUUUGUUUCUCUCUCUCUCUUUCUUUCUUUCUCUAAUGGAUUUUCUCAUGCUAAUGUGUUCAUUCUUGAUCUUGUAUCCCAUCUUUUUGUUAUGGAGGUGGGUCGAUGAUAAAAGAGACAAAGAAUGUUACGUACUAGAUUAUGAAUGCUACAAGCCAACAGAUGAUAGAAAGAUUGACACAGAGUUGUCUGGGGAAGUGAUUAAGAGGAACAAGCAACUUGGUCUUAAUGAAUACAAGUUUCUCUUAAAAGCCAUUGUAAGCUCCGGUAUCGGAGAACAAGCCUACGGUCCGAGGAUGGUGUUUGCUGGUCGGGAACAAAACCCUACCUAUGAAGAUGGGAUCUUGGAGAUGGACGAGUUCUUUAAAGACAGCAUUGAAAAGUUGUUGUCCAGAUCUUGUGUCUCUCCUCAAGACAUCGAUGUUCUUGUUGUUAACGUGUCGAUGCUCGCUGUGAUGCCGUCGUUAUCAGCUAGAAUCAUAAAUCUCUACAAACUGAGAGAGGAUGUUAAGGUUUAUAAUCUCACCGGAAUGGGCUGCAGCGCCAGCCUUAUAUCUAUCGACAUUGUUAAGAAUAUUUUCAAGACACAGAAGAAUUUACAUGCACUUGUUGUCACCUCAGAAUCUUUGAGUCUGAAUUGGUACACUGGGAAUGAUAGAUCGAUGAUUCUUGCAAAUUGUCUGUUCCGUUCUGGUGGGUGUGCGAUUCUUUUAACAAACAAAAGAUCAUUAAAACAUCGAGCCAUGAUCAAACUGAAGUGUCUAGUGAGAACACACCAUGGAGCUAGAGAUGAAUCUUAUAGCUGUUGCAUUCAAAAAGAAGACGACCAUGGCCGACAAGGGUUUCAUCUAGACAAGACACUCCCAAAAGCAGCAACAAGAGCUUUAGUAGACAACAUAAGAGAAAUAACACCUCGGAUCUUGCCUGUAAGAGAAUUACUCAGAUUUAUGAUAGUUUCCUUCACCAAAAAAUUGAGUCAGAGAUCCAACAACAAAGCAGGAGGAGGGACAAACAAUCGAACAAUGAUCAACUUUAAGACAGGAGUUGAUCAUUUUUGCAUCCACACAGGUGGAAAAGCUGUAAUAGAUGGAAUUGGAUUUAAUCUUGAUCUAACUGAGCAUGAUUUGGAGCCAGCAAGGAUGACACUUCAUAGAUUUGGGAACACGUCAGCAUGUAGUCUUUGGUAUGUGUUGGGUUACAUGGAGGCCAAGAAGAGAUUAAAUAAAGGAGAUAAAAUUUUAAUGAUGAGCUUUGGUGCUGGCUUUAAAUGCAAUAGCUGUUUGUGGGAGGUGAUGAGAGAUUUGAAAGGAGAUGACAAUGUGUGGAGUGAUUGUAUUGAUGAUUAUCCACCUAAGACUUUGACAAAUCCAUUUAUGGAGAAAUUUGGAUGGAUAAAUGAUGAAGAUCCAAGUACUUUUGUUCUUCCUCCCUAAGGAGAAACAACAAGAUGAUGAUGACGAUGAUGAUGAUGAUCAAAGCUCAUAAAAAAAAAGGUAUUUUAGUUUCUUCUUCUUAUUAUUAUAUAUUGUUGUUGAAUCCUGUAAUGGAUUUCAUAACCCAAUAAGGAAUUUGCAGCUCCCAAUAUGAUGAGAAGUUUGCUAUCCUAUUGGAAGGCUGUAAUUUUUUUUUGUUUUUUUGCUAUUUUCUCUUUCACAUUUCCAGAAAAUAUAAAUGCCAUCUUUUCAUAUUGUGCA